CACUCUCAUGGAUUCUCAUCACCACCUACCUAGACCAGUGUACCCAUCGAAUCGGGUGGGUCGGGUCGUCCAUCGUCCAUCGUCAGCCACCACUUGGUCAAUCGUCAAUCCACUCACCAAACACCGCCAAAUCGCUCCCACAUGAUAAACGUUGCCCAUGAUGCUGCCGAGGUCAACCUUUGUGGGUUCCUUACCCGACGUCCAAACACAGCCACCGGCCCAGACCAAGGCCAAGACUGCGAUCCGAUUGUCCUCCUCGCCUAGACGGGAAUCCUACCGAACGCCGCCCUUCGUCGACUCGGCUUCGCUGCCAGAAUCCAUUCCUCUAUGGUCUGGCCUGUGCACACUGCCCGAUGCUAGGCGAGCCGUCCACACGGGAACGGACGUCACCUCGAGGCGCCAAUGUUCGUUCCCUCAACCCUCCAUUGUCGACACCCGCCGCCAUGCUCUGUUCCUCGUCGACCUUCAGACUACAACCAGGCUGCACCCUCUUCUGGGCGGCAAUAAUAAUAAUCACAACAAUAACACUUCAGGUCCGAGGCAACGAAACCACAGCUCAGGGUCCAUGGCCCUCGCUCUCGGAGCAUCUGGCUUCUUUGUGAUUCUAUUUCCGUACCACCUCACAUCGUGCCCCUCCAACCAGCCUCGUUUCUUCAUCGUCGUCGGGGGGUUGACUCAGUCGCUCUCCAUCUCGAGGCUUGGGAGCAACGUGUGCAGAGCCGCCCAUCCCCUGGAUUAUAUUAAUCAAAAUUAAUACAGCGGCUUGAGCCACGGAAGCUGAACGGGGUUGCGACCCGUGUCUUCUUGCAACUUCUUCCCCAGCAGCGUCGCAAUGAACCGCGCCGCCCAGACACACCCCGCAGCUUGACGACCGCGCCAAGAGGUUC